AUUUAGGGUUUAGACUUUGAAUAUAUCUAACGCAGCCCCUUCUUAUCGACAGCUAUCAUCUCAUUUCGCUUCGAUUCCGAACUGUUUCACCGCCGGCGUUGACCGGAAACCACAACAAAACUUCACCGGCGGAGGAUUCCGUUUAGUUUUCUGGCAUCUAAACUCACCGUACUCCUUCAGUUCACUAGAAUUUAGUUGAAAGCUGAAAAUAUGGCUGGAAAAGGAGAUAAGCCUGCUAAAGCAGAUAAAUCUGCUGCUGUUGCGAAAUCUAGCAAGGGAAGGAAGAAGGAGACUGGUCUAGGUCUUACUAAUACCAAAGAUGGAAACUUUGGGGAAUGGUAUUCUGAGGUUGUUACAAAUGGUGAAAUGAUCGAAUAUUAUGAAAUAUCCGGAUGUUACAUCCUCCGCCCAUGGACAAUGGCCAUUUGGGAGAUAAUGCAAAACUUCUUUGAUCCAGAAAUUAAGACGAUGAACAUUAAAACAUGCUAUUUCCCCCUUUUUGUGUCCAAUAAUGUUCUACAAAAAGAGAAGGAUCACAUAGAGGGUUUUGCUCCCGAGGUUGCGUGGGUCACAAGAUCCGGUGACUCUGAUUUGGAGGUUCCUAUUGCCAUUCGCCCAACUAGUGAAACUGUCAUGUAUCCCUAUUUUUCUAAGUGGAUCAGGGGACACCGUGAUUUGCCCUUAAGACUUAAUCAGUGGUGCAAUGUUGUUCGAUGGGAGUUCAGUAAUCCUACUCCAUUUAUCAGGAGUCGUGAGUUUCUUUGGCAAGAAGGACACACUGCUUUUGCAACAAAAGAGGAGGCAGACACUGAGGUUCUGGAAAUCCUUGAAUUGUAUAGACGUCUGUAUGAGGAAUACUUGGCUGUCCCUGUUGUGAAAGGGAGAAAGAGUGAGUUGGAGAAGUUUGCUGGCGGGCUCUAUACUACCAGUGUUGAGGCCUUUAUUCCAAAUACUGGUCGAGGUGUACAAGGUGCAACCUCACAUUGCUUGGGCCAGAAUUUCGCUAAAAUGUUCGAGAUUAACUUCGAAGAUGAAAAAGGAGAAAAGGCUAUGGUCUGGCAGAACUCCUGGGCAUAUAGUACCAGAACGAUUGGGGUGAUGGUGAUGGUUCAUGGUGAUGAUAAAGGCCUGGUGUUGCCCCCUAAAGUUUCAGCAGUACAAGUUAUCGUCGUGCACGUGCCUUACAAAGAUGCAGAUGUUAAGGAAAUAAUAAACGCAUGUUCUGCCACUGUGAAGACUUUAUGUGAUGCUGGUAUCCGUGCUGAAGCAGACCUUAGAGAGAAUUACUCGCCUGGUUGGAAGUAUUCUCAUUGGGAAAUGAAAGGUGUUCCCCUGAGGAUUGAAAUAGGUCCAAAGGACCUUGCUAAUAAGCAGGCGCGUGCUGUUCGUCGUGACAAUGGUGCAAAAGUAGACAUUCCGAUGGCAGAUUUGGUCGAUUCAGUAAAGGGAAUGCUGGAUACUAUCCAGCAAAACAUGUUUGAUGUUGCUAAGGAAAAACGAGAUGCUUGUAUUCAAGUUACAAAAACAUGGGAUGAAUUUAUUGAAGCGUUAGGUCAAAAGAAAUUGAUCUUGGCUCCAUGGUGUGAUGAAGAGGAAGUUGAGAAGGAGGUGAAAGCAAAGACGAAAGGGGAGACGGGUGCUGCUAAGACACUUUGUUCUCCAUUGGAGCAGCCAGAACUGCCUGAAGGCACAUUAUGCUUUGCAUCAGGGAAACCAGCAAAGAAAUGGACGUACUGGGGACGAAGUUAUUAGAAAUUUGAUUCUCGUGUUUUCUGUUACUAUACUGAACUGUGAGGAUUUUUUUUUAAAGUUUAACCAUUUGCUACGAUUGUGUUUUGAAAUCAAAACAAUGGUUCACAAUGUUUAAUGUUUGACUUUGAUAUUGAUAUUGUUGGUCUUCUUAAAUUGUGAUUUAUAUGGUUAUAAAGA